GGUAUAUGUCACAAGGAAAACAUGCAGAAGCAAGAGAACUUAUGUAUUCAGGGGCUUUGCUGUUCUUUAGUCAUAACCAGCAAAACAGUGCUUCUGAUCUGUCCAUGCUGGUUCUGGAGUCUCUGGAGAAAUCAGAUGCAAAAGUAGCAGAUGACCUUUUAGAACACUUGGCUAAAUUGUUUAGUUUAAUGGAUCCAAAUUCUCCUGAAAGAGUGGCUUUCGUAUCCAGAGCACUCAAAUGGUCUAGUGGGGGAUCAGGAAAACUUGGACAUCCGAAACUACACCAGUUACUAGCAAUUACCCUGUGGAAAGAGCAAAACUACAGUGAGUCUCGGUAUCACUUCCUGCACUCCACAGAUGGUGAAGGAUGUGCAAAUAUGCUAGUGGAAUACUCCUCCUCCAGGGGAUAUCGCAGUGAGGUGGACAUGUUUGUAGCACAGGCAGUACUACAAUUUCUCUGCUUAAAAAAUAAGACCAGUGCAUCCGUUGUUUUUACAACCUACACACAGAAACAUCCUUCAAUAGAAAAGGGUCCACCCUUUGUUCAGCCGCUGCUAAACUUCAUCUGGUUUCUGCUAUUGGCAGUUGAUGGAGGAAAAUUAACAGUAUUUACAGUAUUGUGUGAACAGUAUCAACCUUCACUGAAAAGAGAUCCCAUGUAUAAUGAGUACCUCGAUAGAAUAGGACAGCUUUUCUUUGGUGUUCCACCGAAGCAGACAUCGUCCUACGGAGGAUUGCUAGGAAAUCUUUUAAACAGUCUCAUGGGAACUGGAGAAGAUGAGGACACAGAAGAUGGUCAGGAAGACAGCAGUCCUAUUGAGCUCGACUGAAUAGUUGUCAGUGGGUGCCGUGUAAAUCUGAUGAUUUGAUGACUCCAAAGACCAUGUUGGAAUUUGAAACCUGCAGUUGUUUCUUGGUGCCUAAGCGGGCUCCUCUGGUCUUUUAGAAAUGGUUGCUGAAAUGUUUAUAAUGUUUGGUCUAUAUUAUUUAUGUAAUAAAAGAGAGACACCAACAAAAAGUAGCCAAAUGAACCAAUCGGAGCGAUUGUUAGCAGGUUUCCGAUGCAGCGGCUGGUGACUUUGAUUAAACUCUAGUCUUCUACGGUUUCUGAUGCAGUAUUCCCUUUUGCACAGUCAUUAAUAGAGCAUAAAGGUGGGGCUUGUACUUCACGACCUGCCCACUACCAUCUUUGUUAAGAGAAAGCCUCCUUGACCUCUGCCACCUCCAGGG